GUCACUGUGAUGCUUGAAAAUGAUCAAUGGCGGGUGUUUCUGUUCCUGACAGCGAAGAGAAAGUGAAGAUAUUUAUUUGUAAAAGAUGCAAAUUUUCAUCAUGUUUCCAAUACUUUGGAUCAAAACCUCCGUUUAUGAAAUCUAUUCUAUUACUUGAAGAAGCCUAUAUAAAGAAGGACCCAUUUUCUUCUGACGGUGGAAUUAUCACUCUUGGAUCUCAUUGCCAUCAUUGUAAACUGUCCUUCUGUUGUUCACCAAAUUGCAGCAUAUUUUACUCAAAACGGUUUUGCCUCGACUGUGUUGAGCAGAAUAUAGAUGAGUUUCCAAGGGAAAUACAACAGGAAGUUUUACGUAAACAUCAAACUGACUAGGAUGUGCCCAGGACCUUUGAAAUGGUGAUUUCUGCAGAUUCAUCAUCGCCUAAUUUGAGAUUCAAACUACCGUUAAUGGGAAUCUAGGGAUUUGUGGAAAGAAUAGAUGAGAGGAAUUGAAGGGGCUGAGGCGUUUAAACAUCGAAAGAGUGGUUAACAGGACAUGGGAAGUGACAUAUCUCAAAAUAGAGACUGCAGAACCAAACAUGGAAAGAAAUUCAGAACCUCCCCAGAUAUCGUCUGAAUUAUGAGAUAGUAAAAAACUCUUGUUCCUCUAAAAAUCAUAUUUUUUAAAAUGUAAUAUAACAGUCUGAAAGAAACUGACAAUUUUUUUUUUUUUUUGAAAACCUGUCGCCUGAAGUUGCAUGAAGUAAGAAAAUUGGAACAUUUCUCUGUUGAUAUGGUUAUUUCAUCCACAAUCGUGUAUACUAUCAGAUGUAAAAUAAAAUCAUUGUAUUUCUAUUUCUGUAUAUAUGCUGUUGCAAAGACAAUGAGAUAUAAAUAAAGAUUUUUAAUA